GUCUUCUAUUCAAGCCAACGACUUGACUCUGAUGAAUGGUGACUUCCAGUUUUGAAUUGAUCCACUCAACGGCGGAAGCCAGAGGAAUAAACAUAUAUAUCAAUGGAGAUCCACGCAGCUUCUUGAGAGCAAGAGCAAGAACAAGAGAAUGGAGGAAGGGCUUCCUGAAAGCAUGAAAAUAGAGAGACAGCUUUGUGAAGCAGCAUUGCAAGGGAAUGCAAAAUCUUUGUCUGGUUUGCUUGAAAAAGACAGUCUAAUUCUUGAUAGAGUGAUUGUGGGUUGUAUCAGGGAGUCUCCUUUGCACACAGCAGCAACGCUCGGUCACGUUGAUUUUGCUAAAUUACUCUUGAGCUGCAAGCCUGAACUUGCUGGCCUCAAAGACCCACGAGGACAUACUCUUUUUCACUUGGCAUCAUCAGCAAGAGGGCACCUUGAAAUCGUGAAAGCUUUGCUAGAUCAAGAUUCUGGCCCUGGACUCUGCCUUGCUCGCGAUGCAGAUGGAAUGAUUCCUCUCCAUCUAGCAGCAAUUGAAGGCCAAGUGGAUGUCACUAAAGAGCUGGUUAAGAAGAAACUUGGAACAGUUCUUGAACUUGUGGGUCGUGGUGAGACCAUUCUACACCUCUGUGUUAAGCAUGGGCGUUUGAAUGUGUUGGAGCUGCUGCUGGUUUUAAUGGGUAACUCCGAUAAGUAUGUAAACGUCGGGGAUGCUGAUGGCAAUACUGUCCUGCAUCUCGCCGUAGCUGACAAGCAGGUUGAGCUUUUGAUAUUUUCACACAAAGUCCGAAGAACAACUCCAAAGACGAGGACAUCAGAAACGCUCUACAAGGCCAGCACAAUGCCGUCCAAGUUGUAGCAAAUGGAGCCAAUCUCAUCAGUGCCCAGAGAUACGGCCAGCACAGAAGAGCAACGAGAGAACAAAAGGGACAAGAGAAACUGGAUGGAGAAGAAGAGAGAAACGUUAAUGGUGGUGGCAGUACUGAUCACCACCAUGGCUUUUCAAGUGGCAGUAAAACCUCCAGGUGGUGUGUGGCAAGAUGACGUUCCAGGCGAUCCUCUCAACACCAAUCCAAACUCACAUAAAGCUGGCAAGGCCAUACUAGCCUACAAGAAUGGAGCAAGAUUCCGCCAAAUAUUUCGUUGCAACACAACAGGAUUUGCUGCCUCCCUAAGCAUAAUCCUAUUGCUUUGCUGGCAAGUGGAUUGCCAUGGAGGAAUAGGUUGUUUAUGUGGAUUCUGAUGGUGGGGUUGUGGGCCGCGAUUACAUCCAUGGCCCUCACUUACUUGCUUUCCUUACUAGCCUUGACGCCAAAGCAUGUGUUGCAAAAGAUGGAUCAGCAACUGGGCAUUUGGUUGAUCAUGAUGACACUACUUCUCUUGGGCCACACUAUUCGGCUCAUCCUAUUUUGGUUUAGUUUAGACAUGGCUAGAAUAUCCGAUAAACUGACUGAUCCCAACAUGGCUGGAAAUUUUAAAUUUUGCAACCCUCGCAGCAACGUUGACGAUGCUGCUUCUUAAUUGAUAAUAAUGUCUAAGAAAAGAAGAAGGAAAUAUAAUUGUUCCACACCUGUGCUUGUUUAUGUAUUUUUGUAUAUUUGUUUAUGAGCUUGGAAUUGAAGGAAGUUGAUUGAGUGUACGUAGCAGUUGAGUGGAGCUCUGGUUCAGAUUUUUUCUUGGGGCUUCAUGGGUCUAUCCAACGAGUCAGAUAUCCUACCAACUCAUCAGCCACCAUUAAUUAGUUGGCGGAGCUCAGUUUUAUUUUGCCUUGUCUUGAGGCC